AUGCAAAACAGCGCCCUUGAUAUUUGGAUCUCUGGUGCCGUCGCAGUCGUGACAGUGGACUUUCUUGUCUACCCUUUUGAUACUCUCAAAACCCGCAUCCAAUCGCCCAACUACAACACAGUCUACAAAGAUGCCACCACGAAUACAGUUAGGAAGAAUGUACUGUUCCGCGGGUUAUACCAGGGUGUAUUCAGUGUCGUGCUGAGCACAAUUCCUGCUUCCGGAGCAUUUUUCACAACAUACGAAAACGUAAAAGCGACGCUGAACGAAACGAAAUCGAAGUCCAACUCUGCAACCCUCCAAGCAACCCCAGCGCCGAUAAUAAACGCCGUAUCGUCAUCUGCCGGUGAAAUGGUAUCAUGCCUUCUCCUCACGCCCGCAGAAGUCAUAAAACAGAAUGCGCAGGUUAUACAUAAUACCCCUGGAGGGAAAGGGAAGGGGAAAGCCCACCCGGGUAAUGUAACCCUUCAAGUUCUCUCCCGCUUCAGGCAGCACCCCUGGAAACUAUGGAGUGGGUAUUCCGCGCUCGUUGGGCGGAAUCUCCCGUCGACCGGCGUGAAUUUUCCCAUUUUUGAAGCCGUGAAGGGUUAUCUUGUUGAGCGGCGACGAAAAAGUCUUGGUUACAAUACUGUUACCAGUGGCCCGGGCACUACACGAGGAGAUAGAGAUAUACGAGAAGAGCCGGUCUUCGAGCGCGCGGUUUUGACAGGGGUUGCGGCGAGUAUAUCAGGGAGUAUAGCCUCUGUUGUGACCACGCCGAUUGAUGUUGUUAAGACACGGAUGAUGCUUGCUGCUACUAGUGAUUCUUCGUCUGGGGUUUCUACUGCGACAGAAGUUUCUAGGAAGGAAGGGAACAGUAUUUGGGCUGUUGGGAGGCGGAUAUUUAGGAAAGAAGGGGUAAGGGGUCUUUUUCGGGGAGGCGCAAUUCGCGUGGUUUGGACGGCCAUCUCAUUCUGUAUUUAUUUGAGUAUGUAUGAGGGAGGGAGGUUUUAUUUGGAGAAGAGGAGGGCUAGACGGGCUGAAUUAGAUAACUCAUAA